GCCAAGCGGCUGGGCGAUCAGUUCGCCGAGAGCCACGCGAGUGAAUCGGUGGUGCCGCUGUGGAGAAAGCCGGAAAAAGUCUAGCGAAAUGAAUCGAGCCUGGUUGUGUCUGCUGCUCUGCCUGGCCUUAAGCUGCGUUCCAAGGCAAUCCGCAGCCGAGGAUCAUGCAUCCAACCAAACGGCAGCGAAUGCGCUGCUGAAGCAAUCGCAGAACACCUUCAUCCAAUGGGUUCUCUCACUUUUGCCACAACGUCCCGGCGGUUCUGACUCGGAAAAUGCCACACUGGCCACCUUGAGCAGCAGCUCCAUGAUGCCGGACGCGGCAUCCACCACGUCGACCACCACACCAGCUCCAUCUUCCAGCACCACUACAACCAGGCGGGCAACCACUCCGGCGCCACCCACCUUGAAUCCGCCAAGGAAUUGCAGCGACUGUGUCUGCGGCAUAGCCAAUAUACAGAAGAGAAUCGUCGGUGGUCAGGAAACGGAGGUUCAUCAGUACCCCUGGGUGGCCAUGUUGCUAUAUGGCGGCAGGUUUUAUUGCGCCGCCUCCCUACUCAACGAUCAAUUCCUCCUGACCGCAUCUCAUUGCGUCAAUGGUUUCCGAAAGGAAAGAAUCUCGGUGAGAUUACUCGAACACGACCGCAAGAUGUCGCACAUGCAGAAGAUCGAUCGCAAGGUGGCCGAGGUGAUCACGCAUCCCAAGUACAAUGCCCGGAACUAUGACAACGAUAUAGCCAUCAUCAAGUUGGACGAGCCGGUGGAGUUCAAUGAGGUGCUCCAUCCCGUCUGCAUGCCAACGCCUGGCAGAAGCUUCAAGGGCGAAAAUGGCAUAGUCACUGGCUGGGGAGCACUCAAAGUUGGCGGACCCACUUCCGAUACACUUCAGGAGGUUCAAGUGCCCAUUUUAUCGCAGGACGAAUGCCGCAAGAGCCGCUAUGGCAAUAAGAUCACGGAUAACAUGUUGUGCGGAGGAUACGACGAGGGUGGCAAGGACUCCUGCCAGGGCGACAGUGGAGGACCUCUGCACAUCGUGGCCAGCGGAACGCGAGAGCAUCAGAUCGCCGGCGUGGUCUCCUGGGGCGAGGGCUGUGCCAAGGCCGGUUAUCCUGGCGUCUAUGCCAGAGUGAAUCGCUAUGGAACCUGGAUCAAGAACCUCACCAAACAGGCUUGCCUCUGCCAGCAGGAGACCAAGAAGAUCAAGUAGCGAUCAAGUAUUUCUGUAUCUAUUCAUAAUGCAAUACUCUUGCUUGGCUGGUAGUGAGUUGCAGAGAUUAAAGGCACAUUUCAGGCUAAGUUUUAAAUUGUAUCAGAAUUGUGUCACCCAUGCAAUGUGAUACUUCUAGUAUCCCCUCAACUUGCAAUAGCACCGCUUGAAAGACAAGUUUUCAUUGCAAAAAGCUUGUUAUUUCCAAAACCACAAGUCCCAUGUACCAAGAAACGAACUAUUUUCGCCGAAAAUAGUUUUCCACUUUCUUGGGAUGUGCUUACAUCCAGAACUUAAAACGAUAUAAUUUUACUCAUUGGCCAACUUUGCAAGAGUAAGUCCGCUUCGGCUUCGUCGAAGAUCCCAUUUUCAAGCUGUUUUAUAUUUAUUGAUUAAAAGAAAAGUUUCCAUAAA